AUGCCCGACACCAAGUACCUUAGUAGGCAGAGUCCAUAUACUUACUCUUAUGACAACCGGACAGGAUGGAGACGCUUUCGUGUUCUGAAUCCAUGCAGAGGCAUGUAUCACGAUGUCCGUCGGCGACUUCCCUACUACUGGAGUGAUAUUCGAGAUGCGCUCACUUAUCGAACCAUUGCAAGUACCAUUCGCAUAUACUUCAUUAAUAUUCUCCCGGCUAUCGCCUACACACUGGAUAUGUAUCGCCGAACCGGAGAGUUCUACGGCAUCAAUGAAGCGCUGUUUUCCUCAGCACUCGCAGCUAUGGUGUUCAGCGUCCUGGGCGCACAACCACUUACUAUCGUCGGUAUCACUGGACUAAUAUCGCUGUUCAACUACACUAUAUAUGAUAUUGUAGUCAUAUACGAGCCCUCCAUAUACGCUAACUUCAUGUGCUGGACUGCUAUCUGGGCGGCGAUCUUCCAUUGGAUUGUUGCUGUGUGCAACCUCUGCGACUAUAUGCGCUAUGUGACCGACUUUUCAUCUGAGUCAUUUGGCGCAUAUGUUGGGAUUAUCUAUUGCAUAAAGGGCGUCGAAGAGCUCGUUAACGAGUUCACUGUCUACGGGCCGACCGCAGGCUUCAUGAGUUGCAUGAUCGCCAUUCUGUAUUUCUUCACAGUAUACGGACUUGAGUUGCUGGGCUCAAGCACAAUCUGCCGACCAUGGUUUCGUGGACUACUGGCUGAUUAUGCUUAUGUAGUUGGAACCAUCUUCUGGGUAGGAUUCGCACAUAUCCCUGGCAACCUCAAGGAGACCGGUAUCUCAUUCGUGCCCAUAACUCGGGCAUUUUAUCCGACACAGCCGCGUGGUUGGCUGAUUCAUUUCUGGGAGUUGGAGACAAAAUGGAUAUUUGCAGCCCUACCUUUUGGAUUCUUGGUCAUGCUGCUCUUCUAUUAUGACCAUGUAAAAUGUCAGCAGCCUUGGUGCUCAAAGCAGACAAUACCCCUUAAAGAAACCAGCCGGCUUCCAUUGGGACUUCUUCCUCUUAGGCUGCACCACCUUCAUCGCCGGAAUCACCGGCAUCCCAAUGCCGAACGGCCUCGUCCCACAGGUACAACCCCAACUCACUUUUCCCCCACGUACACAAACCCCAUACUAAACAAUCUACCAACUCAGGCCCCCGUCCACACCACGUCCCUAACCGUCACCCAAACAACCCUCCACAUCAUCCCCACCUCGAACCCAGACGACUCCGGAUGCACCGAACUCCGCAAUCCCAUCACUACCCUCACAGCUGUAAUCGAGCAACGCAUCUCCCACUUCUUAAUGGGCCUGGCCAUAAUCGGCACCAUGACAGGUCCCCUCCUGAUAGUCCUACACACCAUGCCGGCCGCCGUGUUCGCGGGUGUCUUCUUAAUAGUAGGCUGGGGCUCCAUUGAAUCGAACGGUAUCCUGCAAAAGAUCAUCUUUCUACUUCGGGAGGACCGGUUCAUCCCGCGAAAUGAGGAAUUACUCCGUGUUCCGAAGCGGAAGAUUGUAUUUUACGUGAUGUGCCAGGUUGUGGGGGUCGCUGCGUGCGUGGCUAUCUCUCAGACUAUUGCGGCCAUAGGGUUCCCAAUUCUGAUUAUAGGGUUGAUUCCGUUUCGGGUGUGGGUUAUGCCGAGGUGGUUUGGAGCGGAAGAGUUGGGGGUGUUGGAUGGGUUGACGGCGGAUGGGGAGGCGGUUUUGUGUAGUUUGGGGGGUCCACCUAGGUUUCCUGGGGAGGAGAGGAUGGUGGUGGAGGGUGAGAGGCAGAAGGGUGGGGAGUGA